UAUCACGUGCUGGGAAAAUUUUGCCAUGAUUCAUCCUCCCCACAAACACGCAGGAUCCGGCAGGUAAUUGCCUAUCAACCCGAAGCGUACAUAACAGACUACGUGCCUAUCCCUUAUCUUGCUGGACUGGACUCUCCUUCCAUCCACCACCACGGCGUAGAAUCUGGAGAGCGACUUUGAGGAUUUUGAGAUGGUGGAGAACUAUGGCGCUGUCAAUAGCGUAGUAGGUGCACCGGAUCUUCCGGGAACCACCACGACCGCAGAAUCCAGCGCACUCCUGGGCGAGAACCGAGACACGACAUUCAAACGGGAAGACAAGGCAGACGGCCAUGCAACCGUCGUGAGUUGCGUUAGUAAUCUGUGUAAUACCAUCAUCGGGAGCGGAAUGCUCACGUUUCCCCUAGCCAUGGCUUCUGCAGGCAUAUUGCCUGGGAUGAUCACCUGCCUCUUCUCCGGAUCUGUCGCCGCCUUUGGAUUACAUCUCUUGUCUUUAUGUGCCGCAAAGGCACCGCACCGACGCUCGUCAUUCUUUGCCGUCGCACAGCUCACGUUCCCCAAGGCCGCUGUAUUUUUCGAUGCGGCGAUUGCAGUCAAGUGUUUUGGGGUGUCCAUCAGUUACUUGAUUAUAAUUAAGGGUCUCAUGCCGAAUGUUGUCGCCUCUCUUUACCAUGACCUUGUUGCUCCGGACGCCCCGGUUCCAGCGUGGGCAUUGUCCGGCCAGAACUGGAUAAUGCUCUUCUCAGUCGUUCUUGUUCCCCUUGCCUUUUUAAAGAAUCUACACAGUCUUAGACACACCAGUUAUGUUGCCCUUUUCUCAGUAGCUUACCUUGUGAUCAUUGUGAUCAAGUACUAUUGCUGGCCUACCAAGAAUAUGCCUUCUGCUGGAGAAGUGCAUCUUGUACAUUUUACACCCAGCUUUGUCUCUACGUUUCCCGUUCAGGUGUUCGCGUUUACCUGCGCUCAGAAUCUGUUCCCUCUCUACAACGAGCUCAAGAGCAAUACGCAGGAGCGGAUGAACAUCGUUGUUGGUACAUCCAUUGGCACUGCAACUCUGACCUAUGAAAUUAUUGCAGUCUUUGGAUAUCUUACAUUUGGCUCCAAAGUCGGUGCCAAUAUCAUCGCCAUGUAUCCCCCGACAUCACUCUUCGUCGCCGUGGGACAGCUGGCUGUCGUUAUCUUGGUCCUAUUCUCAUACCCUCUACAAGUACACCCCUGCCGGAACUGCCUAGACAAAGUCUUCCAUGCAGGAAGCCCGCCGUCGACCAAGGUAAUUGUCCAUGACGACGACGAUGAAGAGGAGAAUCUUGAUGAGCUACCGAGCGCCGUUAUGACGCCAUUGAAGCACUCUUUGCUCACUUCUGCCAUCGUCGCAAGCGGCUUCACAAUUGCUUAUUUUGUCGACAACCUGCAAAUGGUGCUUUCAUUUGUUGGUUCCACUGGAUCGACAACGAUAUCGUUCAUUCUUCCGGGUUUGUUUUAUUGGAAGUUGACGCGCAACGAUCCUAAUGUCAAGACAUUGAAUCGGCUGGCCUUUGCGCUGAUGAUAUACGGUUCAUGCAUCUUCAUAUUCUGCCUAGCUUUCAACAUCUAUCAGGUUAUCACACCGAACAGUGGGGGACCCGCCCACUGAAAUACGCUAAUAUAUAGAUCUACCCUACAUGCAUUUGUAUUUUUGCUUGGAAUAUGCGUACCAUUCUUUGAUAGAAGUGAGUCUCUCGAAGCGUCGGACCUCCGGGCCUUUCGUAGCUUAAGUGAAAAGAACUAA